UCGCCAGUGUCGGUUAGUUAUUAUUAUCGGUCGUCGUAGUCGUCUAGAGAGUGGUCACUACGUCGACUUGGUAAUUUCUGUGGUUCAGAGUUAAAUUUUGUUUUUCUAUUGUUAUACAUAUAUUGUAUUAUUUUUAUUACCUAAUCGGUGAAAGUGCGAAUAUUGCGCAGUGUUCUUAUCAAACAGUUUCGUGAAUUUUUUUAAAAGUUAUUUUAAGGAACCUCUGUUUUUCGAAGGUAUGGAGUGGGAAGGGCCGAGCAAGCAAGGCUUGUACGACCCACAGAACGAGCACGAAGCUUGCGGUGUUGGUUUUGUUGUUGCUAUCGACGGUAAACGUAGUCAUAAAAUCGUCCGUGAUGCAGAAGUCCUCGCUAAACGCAUGGAGCAUCGCGGCGCGUGCGCCUGCGACAAUGACACCGGAGACGGUGCUGGUGUAUUGACCGCCAUCCCGCACCAGUACUACUGCGCUCAGCUCAGAGACUCUCAUCAAAUAGAUUUGCCAGAUUUUGGCCGAUACGCUACUGGCAUCUUCUUCCUGGACAAGCUUCACCAUCAGGACAUCGAGAAAAGGUUCCAAGAGCUCUCAGAGAGCCUCGGUCUCCGAGUCCUCUGCUGGAGGACAGUGCCCACCAACAAUUCCACCAUCGGUCAGGUGGCUCGUAACUCGGAGCCAUUUAUGCGUCAAGUGUUUGUUACUGGAGAUUUGGAAGACGAGAAGCUAGCUCGCCAGGUGUUCGUGCUACGCAAGCGUGCCUCCCACGAGUUGGUCGUGCCCGGCGCGAGGUUCUACAUUUGCAGUCUCUCGCUGAAGACCGUUGUCUAUAAGGGACUGCUCACUUCGAAUCAACUAUGGGAAUACUUCAAGGACCUAAGCAAUCCGGCGUUCACCACUUACCUGGCGUUGGUCCACACCAGAUUCUCUACCAACACUUUCCCCAGCUGGGAAAGAGCACAUCCAUUGAGAGUGCUUGCCCACAAUGGCGAAAUAAAUACGUUACGAGGUAACGUUAACCUGAUGAAGGCUCGCGAGGGAGUUAUGAAGAGCGAACUCUUUGGUGAUGAUCUCAAAAAACUGUACCCGGUUGUGGAGCCUAAUCUAUCCGACUCCGGGUCGGCCGACUGCGUGCUCGAGUUCCUGCUGCACUGCGGCCAACGAUCGCUGCCAGAAGCUGUGAUGACGAUGGUGCCAGAAGCUUGGCAGAACGACGCGACCAUGCCGAAAGAGAAGCGCGACUACUACCAGUGGGCCUCCUCCGCUAUGGAGCCCUGGGAUGGGCCUGCUUUGGUUUCCUUUACCGAUGGACGGUACAUUGGUGCCAUCUUGGACAGAAACGGUUUGCGGCCAUCACGCUUCUACGUGACAAGCGAGAAUAUUCUGGUGAUGGCGUCAGAAGUCGGCGUGUAUGAUGUCAAUCCGGAGAAGGUUAUACUGAAGAGCCGCCUGAAGCCUGGCCGCAUGUUGCUGGUAGACACAGAAGAUAAGAGGAUCAUACAAGAUGUGGAGCUGAAAUUGCAUAUUGCACGCAGCCGCCCGCACUCGGAGUGGCUCAAGGAACAGAUAACUAUGGAAGAUAUUCAUAAAUCGGUAUCGGAGUCAAACAGCGCGGCGGUGGAGAAUAGCAGCGCACAAAGCGCCAUCUCGGGGCUGUCCGACAAACGGCUCGCUCUCUUCGGAUACACAAUCGAGUCCAUCAACAUGCUAUUGCUGCCGAUGAUACAGGACAAAAAAGAAGCAUUAGGCAGCAUGGGUAACGAUGCCCCGCUCGCGUGCCUCUCGCAGUUCCAACCACUGCCAUAUGAAUAUUUCAAGCAGUUGUUCGCUCAAGUUACCAAUCCUCCGAUCGAUCCAUUCAGGGAGAAGAUAGUGAUGUCGCUGCUGUGCCCGAUCGGCCCCACCGCCAAUAUCUUGGAGCCCAGCGCCGCCUUCGUGCACCGUCUGUUCCUGCAGCAGCCGGUCCUCACGCUGCCGGACCUCGCCGCGCUCAUACGCACCCGCCACCGCGGCUGGACGACCAAAGUAUUGGACUGCACGUUCGACUACACGGACGGGCCGGGAGGGCUGGAGCCGGCACUGACGCGGAUCGCGGGCGAGGCGUACAGCGCGGCGGCGGCCGGCUGCCAGCUGCUCGUGCUGUCCGACCGCGCCGCCGGCCCGCGCCGCGUGCCCGUCAGCUCGCUGCUCGCGCUAGGUGCUGUACAUCAUCACCUGAUCGAAACGCGACAGCGCAUGAAGGUGGGCAUCAUUGUGGAGACUGCUGAAGCACGGGAAGUUCAUCACAUGUGUGUCUUGCUUGGGUACGGCGCGGACGCGAUCUGUCCGUAUCUAGCGUUCGAGCUCGCGUUCGCACUCCGCAACGACAACCUGAUCGACCCGUCGCUCACCAACGAGGACAUCUACCGGGCAUACCAGAAGGCGAUAGAGACGGGCCUGGCCAAGGUCAUGGCCAAGAUGGGCAUCAGCACUCUGCAGUCGUACAAGAGCGCGCAAAUCUUCGAGGCGGUUGGCCUGAAUGAGGAUGUCAUUGAUAAGUGCUUUAAAGGCACCCAAUCGAGAAUCGGUGGCGUUAACUUUGAAAUCUUGUCGAAGGAAAUAUUCGACAGACAAUCUCUGACGUACGGAAACAAUAACGACACUCUUGUCUUGAGAAACCCGGGACAUUACCACUGGCGCGCCGGCGGCGAGAAGCACAUCAACGACCCGCUGUCCAUCGCCAACCUACAGGAGGCCGCCGUCGGCAACUCCAACUAUGCCUACGAUAAGUUCAGGGAAAGUGCUCUAGAAUCCAUUCGGGCGUGUACACUGCGUGGUCAACUGGAAUUGGUUAAAUUGGACGAGCCGAUACCUAUCAGCGAAGUGGAGCCUGCAUCAGAAAUCGUCAAACGAUUCGCCACAGGGGCUAUGUCGUUCGGGUCGAUAUCGUUGGAGGCUCACACGUCGCUAGCGAUCGCCAUGAACCGCAUCGGCGGCAAGUCAAAUACCGGCGAAGGAGGCGAAAACGCGGACCGCUACCUCAAUCAGGACCCCGACUACAACAAACGUUCAGCCAUCAAGCAGGUGGCGUCGGGCCGGUUUGGCGUGACAGCCUCGUACCUGGCGCACGCUGAUGACCUGCAGAUCAAGAUGGCGCAGGGGGCCAAGCCCGGAGAGGGCGGUGAGUUGCCGGGGUACAAGGUGACGGAGGACAUCGCGCGCACGCGGUGCUCGGUGGCUGGAGUGGGUCUGAUCUCGCCGCCGCCGCAUCACGACAUUUACUCGAUCGAGGAUCUCGCCGAGCUGAUUUAUGAUCUCAAGUGCGCCAAUCCGCGCGCGCGCGUCUCCGUCAAGCUCGUCUCCGAGGUCGGCGUCGGCGUCGUCGCCUCCGGCGUCGCCAAGGGCAAAGCGGAACAUAUCGUGAUCUCGGGACACGAUGGGGGUACUGGUGCCAGCUCGUGGACAGGAAUCAAGUGCGCCGGCCUCCCGUGGGAGCUGGGCAUCGCUGAGACCCACCAGGUCCUUGUGCUAAACGAUCUUCGAUCCAGAGUGGUGGUCCAAGCGGACGGCCAGAUAAGGACCGGUUUCGACGUGAUGGUGGCCGCGUUGCUUGGCGCUGACGAGUUCGGCUUCAGUACAGCGCCACUUAUUGCACUCGGUUGCACCAUGAUGCGCAAAUGCCACCUGAACACGUGUCCGGUGGGCAUCGCCACACAGGAUCCAGUGCUGCGCAAGAAAUUCGCCGGCAAGCCGGAGCAUGUCGUCAAUUACUUCUUCAUGCUCGCUGAGGAGAUCCGACAACACAUGGCCGAAGUGGGCGUCCGCCGCUUCCAAGAUCUCAUCGGUCGGACUGACCUUCUCAAAGUGCGGGAGAACAACGACAAUCCCAAGGCGAGGAUGUUGAACCUCAGUCUGAUAUUAAAGAACGCAUUGCACAUGCGGCCUGGUGUUAAUAUUGUCGGAGGGUCGAAAUCGCAAGACUUCCAGCUGGAGAAGCGACUCGACAACCAACUGAUCGAGCAGUGCUCCAGUAUCCUGGACGGCACGCAGAAAGAAGUGGACAUUAGUAUGCGCAUCACCAACGAGGACCGAGCCUUCACUACUACCCUCUCCUACCAUAUUGCUAUGAAGUACGGCGAAGCGGGUUUGCCAGAAGAUACUCAAGUACGUAUCCAGUUGACUGGCUCGGCCGGACAAAGCUUCGGGGCCUUCCUCGCGCGCGGACUCACGCUGACCCUAGAAGGAGAUGCUAACGACUACGUUGGCAAAGGCUUGUCCGGCGGUACAAUAAUCAUCUACCCGCCAAAGAACUCGCCGUUCGAAUCGCAUUUGAACGUCAUCGUUGGAAAUGUGUGUCUUUACGGAGCGACGUCUGGACGAGCUUAUUUCCGCGGCAUAGCAUCGGAGCGUUUCUGCGUGCGUAACUCAGGCUGCGUGGCGGUGGCGGAGGGCGCGGGCGACCACGGCUGCGAGUACAUGACGGCCGGCGUCGCGCUCGUGCUCGGCCUCACCGGCAGGAACUUCGCCGCCGGCAUGUCCGGUGGUAUAGCCUAUGUAUACGAUAUUGAUGGUUCAUUUAAAAGCAAAUGCAACCAAGAGACGGUGGAGUUGCUGCCUCUUGAACAGCAAGAGGACCUCGAAUAUGUCAAGACAUUGUUGGAGGAAUUCGUCGAAUACACUGGGUCAGUAAUUGCUCAGGAGCUACUGAGCACAUGGCCGGAGCCCGCCAAAAUGUUCAUCAAGGUAUUCCCAUACGAAUACCAGCGGGUUCUGAAGCAGCUCGCUAUGAAGUCGCCAGCUCCCACGCCGAAGGUGGAAGCCAAUGGGAAGGCGGAGAAUGGUGUAUUAGACAUAGAGGAGACUGUCAGAGAUGUUGAGCUGGAUAAAAAGAACUUGGAGAAGAUUCUCGAUAAGACUAGGGGCUUCAUGAAGUACCCGCGCGAGACGUCGCUGUACCGGCCGGCCGAGCGCCGGCUGCGCGACUGGGACGAGAUCUACAACUUCGGGCACGUGCGGCGCGGGCUGCGCGUGCAGGCCGCGCGCUGCAUGGACUGCGGCGUGCCCUUCUGCCAGAGCGACCACGGCUGCCCGCUGGGGAACAUCAUCCCCAAGUGGAACGACCUCGUCUACCGCGCCGACUGGCAGCAGGCGCUCAAGCACCUGCUGCAGACCAACAACUUCCCCGAAUUCACGGGGCGCGUGUGUCCGGCGCCGUGCGAGAGCGCGUGCGUGCUGGGCAUCUCCGAGCCCGCCGUCACCAUCAAGAACAUCGAGUGCGCCAUCAUCGACCACGCCUUCGACAACGGCUGGAUCGGACCUGAGAUCCCGGAACAUCGCAAUGGCAAGACUGUCGCCGUGGUGGGCUCGGGCCCGGCUGGCCUCGCGUGUGCACACCAGCUCAAUAAGGUCGGGUACACCGUGACUGUGUUUGAGCGCAACGACCGUCCGGGCGGGCUGCUGCAGUACGGCAUCCCCACUAUGAAGCUCAGCAAGGAGGUGGUCGCGCGCCGUGUCAAGCUCCUGACUGCUGAGGGUAUCUCCUUCAAGUGCAACGUCGACGUCGGCAAAGACAUAUCUGCCAGUGACCUCGCCAAUGAAUAUGACGCAUUAGUGUUAUGCAUGGGUGCAACGUGGCCCCGAGACCUUCCCCUCAAGGGGCGGCAGCUUAACGGAAUCCAUUAUGCCAUGGAGUUCUUGGAGAGCUGGCAGAAGAAGCAGAUGGGAUCAACGCACCCCAUGAAGGAUAACCCCGAACUCAACGCGAAGGACAAGAACGUUCUGAUCAUUGGUGGCGGUGAUACUGGGUGCGAUUGCAUAGCGACCUCUCUCCGACAAGGCGCAAAAUCUAUUACGACAUUCGAGAUCCUACCAGAGCCAAAGAAGACGAGGGGACAGGACAAUCCAUGGCCGCAGUGGCCUAGAGUCUUCAGGGUGGACUACGGACACGACGAAGUUAAAGUGAAAUUCGGCAAUGACCCAAGGAAAUUUUCCACUCUCACCAAAGAGUUCCUAGACGACGGCGAAGGCAACGUGUGCGGAGUAUCGGCCGUGGAAGUAGAAUGGACACGCGGCGCGGGCGGUCGCUGGGAGAUGAACGAGGUGCCCGGCACCGACAAAAUAUACAAGGUCGACCUCGUGCUGCUCGCCAUGGGCUUCCUGGGCCCGGAGAGAUAUGUCGCCAAUCAGCUUGAUCUGCCGCUCGAUGCGCGUAGCAACAUCGAGACAGUAAAGAGUGAUAUCUACCAUACACCUGUAAGCAACGUCUUCGCAGCGGGAGAUUGCCGGCGCGGUCAGUCACUGGUUGUGUGGGCGAUAUCUGAGGGCAGGCAGGCGGCGAGGGCGGUCGAUUUGUACCUAUCAGGACAUUCUUCCUUACCAGGACCUGGCGGUGUCAUCUACAGCCAUUGAACUAGCACACUGAGGCUUAUCUAUUCACAUUAGAUAGAAUGCCAACUUUAGAUAAAAUGAAUCAUUCUAUGUUCCUUUAUAAUAGAUGGCGUAACUCUUGGUAAAGUUCCAAUUCAGACCAUAUCUAUUAAAACAAACCUCAAUUACAUCAUGUUAUAUUUCUAAAUAAUUUUGUUAUAACAAUUGUGACAAUACAAGGAGCCAGAACGAAGUCGAUCGUAAAAGAUCGAGUGAUGAGUACGUAGAAUUAUAUUUUUCUGCAAACUACCCCCUUAGACAUAAAUUAUGUUUCAACUGGCAAUAUCGCUGGUAUAACUUCGGUACCUCUGAAUGUCACUCUCUAAAAUUAACUGUUAAAAAUAUAAGAUGUUCUAAUUUAGACCAGCGACCUAUAGAUUUGUUUAAUUCACGAGGUUUUGAUACUGGUGAAAGAAUUUUAUGACUCUAAUCUCAGAUUCUGGUCUGACGUUUUGAACUGUCACUGUCAAAAUUAAAUCACCGAAAAUUCUAAAAUAAGAUACUCAAGACAUUGGCUGUAUUUGACUUUUCCAAAGAGAUAAAAAAAAAAUAUUGAACAAGAAUAUUACAGAUUUUGACAGUGACAAAACUUUGUUAGGCUCAUAAGGUUUUGAUACUAGCGAAUGGAUAUUAAUAUUCUGAUUAUCUCGUUAUAUUAAUAAAUAAAUGAUUAUAAUGUUGAUUCCUUAGAAUUUAGCUGCGUUAUCGAAUAGAUUUGAUCUUUGAAUAUCCGCUAAUGUCAUCCAAGUUAUUGCCAACCUAAUAUUAUUAAGUGUUUUUAGAUCGACAUUUUAAUAAAACAGAAAUUAUCAAUUAUUAUUCAUAUAGUAUUACGUAAAUAUUUAAUUGUACUUAGGAUCGUUAAGGAAAUGUAAGUAAAUAUGUGUUGUUAAUUAACAGGAUGGAAGGGAACAUUGUCACACCCAGUCUAUUGAAGUAAAAAUACUAUUUAGAAAUAAAUACUCCUUUUUAUUGAAUUAUGUAUUCAAUUAUCUAGUGCCUCAUAUUGGCGCUAAAUGCUAUACUCAGUGGUAUUUAUUACAUAUAUAUAUAUAUAUAUAUAUAUAUGUACUAUGAUUUAUUAAUUUGACAUCAAUGCAUAUUGAGAAUUGACCCUGCUAUUAUCUCACUGUUUAAAUACGAGUAUGACGCCUCAAACACUACUUCACCUACGAAACUAGACGACAUUUUAUGUAUACAUACAUAAAGAAACUUUAACUUCGUCUAGUUCAUUUAAUUUUUCUCCGCAAAUCAAAAAAUUACACUAGAAUUUUAUUCUUUUAUUUAUUAAGUAAAGUGACGGGGAAACAGUAUCUUUGUAAUAACAAAUUUAUUUCGUAUUUUGUGUUAUAUAGGUUGUUAAUUAUGGCUGCUUCUUGUAGUCUAAUAUUAUAAUAAUAUUAUUAAUCUAUAAAAAAAUCUCCAUCACACAGAUUAAUUAAAAAACAAUAUGGCAUACGAAUGCCAUUUAAGUUUUCAAAAUUCGAACACGAGUUUGAUAAUGUUCCUUCCACUUUCGAUUUAUGUUAACCGCUUCUUUCAGAAAGUAUUUUGAUACUUGAACGCAUUAAUUUAGAGUCUACUGUAAUAACCAUAUAUUUGUAAGCACAUUCCGUUUUGUAGUGUAUCUAGUGUUUUUAGAUAACGCUUUUAAAUCUAAACAUAUCUUAAAUGAAUUUGGUUUGUGAAUGUAUGAUCUCUGACGUGUCAUAUUAAUGUUUCGGAUGUUUUUUUUUUUUUUUAAUAUUAUUAUUUUAUAUUGUUGUUUAUGUAUAGAAGCAGUAUUCUUCAUGAAUAUUAACAAUGUACGUACAUGAUAUUAUUGUAUGUAAUUCAAUGAUGUAACUAUUUUAAUAUUUUCCUAAUAAUCUUAAGUAUCGAUUCUGUAUUCGAUAGUCGUUUAGAAGUACACAUACAAUCUUAUAAUCGAUUAUGUAAACGACAAUAUCAUAUGUAAGAUCGAUUAUAAUACCAAUUAAUAUAAUCGACACAAUGUAUUUGAACUAUAUUAUUGAUUGUACAAGAAAAUAAUCGAUUGUAAUAUAUUGGACUAAUUAUCGAUAUAAAAUAAAAUAAAUCAAAACUUCAUAUUGAUACUAUCGAUUCUACCGAUAAAACCAAUCGAUACUUAGAUUAUUUUAGUUAAACACUAUCGAUUUAUUAGUAAUCGAUUGUUAGUCAACAUUACUAUUAUGGUUUAAUGUACAGUUUUAAGUAUUUCUUUUUCAUGUUGUACAGGAUGGACUUUAACAUUUACAAUGGCGUAUUAAACGACAAUCAAUGUACAAUGUUUUUUUUUUUUUUAUUUAACAAGACCACAAUACCUUUUUUGUCGUGGUCAAGGUUUUUAACAAUUUUUUUUUUCUAUAAUAUUCUUACCAGUAGAAUAUUAUUUAUUUUAAUAUACUUAUGCAUACAUUAUUGUAAAGUUAAAUGAUAAAUGUUAAAACCCAAAGCCAAAUAUUUUCCAAAUUCUAUAAGAUAGUCAUUACUAAUAGUGUCAGAUAUUUUAAGAAGGUUAAUAAAUUCGUAUGAAUAUGUUUAAUAUCAUUUAAUUGCUUUUUUUAUUGUAAUGAUUUACUGAUUCGUAUAGGGUUAGGUGGAAGGGAAAAUAUAGCCGAAUACUCAGUGAUAAAAUUCAUAAAAUUUAUCCUUUUUAAGUAGACAAGUACAUUUGACGUAAUCGAAUUUAAAUCAAUUCGAACUUACAAUAAUUAGACGUCAAAUGGACGUCCCCAUUAGAAAGUUUUGACGUCCAUAUUAGAUCCCAGUGUAAUGAUGUCAAAAAUCAGCAUAAAAAAUGGUCACGUGAUCAAUUUAAAACUGUAUAGUCUAUGAUUUCGUUUGAAAGAUUCUAAAUUAUUUUUCGUAUUUUGACAAUGUUUUGUUUUUAGGAAAACUUGUUUAUUUUCAUGAGUACAUUCACUGAUUCGGUUCGUGUAGAUAUUCUUUACGCAAGUAAAGGAUUUAUCCAUAUGAAACUACAGAUGUCACCUACAUUUAUUAAAACGCUAAAAAAAAGUAGGGUAGUAUAUAAAACGGUUUCCUAGAACUUUACUAAAUUUAAUAAUAUUAUUAACCUGUGAUUAGAUAUUUGUGUUACAGUUGUUGAGAUUAAAUAUUAAAUAAUUAAGUACUACGUAGUCGUUUCUAAUCCGAUAUUAAAGUUCCUGAAUUAAUUUCGUUAGUAGUAAUAAAACUUUACUGUUGCUAUUUUUAGUUUUUUUUUUUUUUUUAUUUACUAUCCUAUCGAUAAAUUGCGUGAUUUCUUUGAUUGUUUUUUAUUCAAGUAAUUUAAUAUUUUAUUAAUCGACAUACAAAUUCAAUUGUACAGAGUAACAUUUGUCAUUGUGAUAAUUUUACAUAAUUACAAACUCAUAUUAUAAACGUAAUAUAAGCGCUCGCGUCACAGCCGCUCAUCAUUAAGGAUUACGAAUUGACACCGAAACUAGUCGAACUUUUUCGAUCCAAUUACACGUUAAUUAAAGCAAGUAGUUAUUACAUUAAAAUAUAACGUGUGUUUAUAAAAUUUUUAACAAUAAAACAACUUUUGUUUGAGAGGCAAACGAGCUUACAAAUCGUCUCAAUGAAAGUGGUAGCUUAAGUGGCUCAAACCUUGAGGUUAUAGGAAGUUUUUAUGAUUUACCAUAGCACAUUAUAUUGUCCAAUUUUCCGACACCAUAUAGAAAGAGAGUGAAAUGUAUGCAAAUGUAUUUAUUCACAAUAUCAUUGUGAAGGUGCCCGUUCGUAUGUAAAGGUUACAUUUAAAUAGACUUCGGUUUAUCCACUGUGACAAAUGUUAUUCAGUCUAGCUACUUGUAACUUCUAGCUUCUAAAAUGUUGAACAUGUAUAUCUACAAUAACAAAUUACAACAAUUCUAUAAUUCUCUUCUAAUAUUAUGGUCUGUUAUUUUCCCCCCCCCCCCCCCCCCCAAUAUAAUGGCUCAUAAAUAUUGAACAACGAAGAAUGAUAUUAAUAUUCAUGUAAAGAAUGGAUAAUUAAAAUAAAAAAAGAAAACAAUGUUAUGUAAUCAAUAUUUAAUUAUUUGUGUACCUCGCUUGUCAUGUUUCGUGUUUUUAAAGUUUAAUGGUAAUUCUCGUUACUUUAAAAUGAAUAUUAGUAAAUGUUUUUUUUUUUUUUUAAGGAAUAUUUUUAUUGUAUGCAGAAAAGACGCUGUAGUUAUUUUAUUAUAUAUAAUGUCUCUCUUCAAUAGCUGUCGAUACUGUAAUAGUAUGUGCCAUUAUACCAAAAAUGUAAUUUGUCGUUCAGAGACAAAAUUUUAUUCGACAACAAUCAAUUACAUUGUAAACUAAAGUUAACACUAGAAUGUUAGUAUAGUCUAGUGAUAUUAUCGCGGCCAUUUCGAUAUUAUGUCAUUGACAAUAAUUAAAAUGUUUAUUCAUACAUAAAACACUGUAUCGAAUAUUAUAGAAUUGAAGAAAUAAAUAUUUCAGCACA